AUGGCACCUCCUUUCGUAAUGCGAGGAAUGAUCCAUUCCUACGGUCGAAGAGCCAUAGCCGUGGGGUUCACCGCGGCCGCAGCUGCAGUAGUUGCGUUCAACAUGUUCUACGUUAUGCCGCGACAUGAAAAAUAUGAACAAUUUUUCAAAAGCUAUGAUCCGUAUACUCGAAUGAAGGAAAUUUGUGCAGAAGGAAAAGGAUACAUGCACACAUGUCCUCAGGAUCUUGCAGAUAUGGCUAGGGAGAAAGGCAAAGAGAUUGCUCCUCUGUAG